AUGAAUGAGAUGAAAGCAGCCUCCAGCGACUGCGCUGAGGAAUCCAAGACUCCGGAGGCGGUUGACCCCCCGAAAGAUGGCAAACCAGAAGAGAGCAGCCUGAGUCCAGCGAGAUCCGCGGCCUCGUCCGAGCCUGAAUAUCCUGGACCGGUCCAGGUCGCCCUCAUCAUGACCUGUAUCCUGUGCGCAAUCUUCAUCAUGUCGCUCGAUCGCACCAUUAUCGCGACGGCUAUUCCCCGGAUCACCGACGAGUUCAACAGUCUUGACGAUAUUGGGUGGUAUGGCAGUGCAUUCAUGGUCACCGCUUGUUGUUUCCAGCUGCUGUGGGGCAAGGUUUAUUCCUUCUACCCGGCCAAGUAUGUCUUUCUCGCACUGGUCCUACUCUUCGAAGUCGGCUCGGUGAUCUGUGGGGCAGCGCCCAACUCGAUCGCCUUCAUCUUCGGACGGGCGAUUGCCGGGAUGGGGAGUGCGGGCAUCAUGUCCGGAGCGAUUGUGCUGAUGAUGUCGGCGGUGCCCUUGCACAAGCGGCCCUUGUAUAACGGCUUCUUCAGCGCCGUCUUGGGAAUCUCCUCCGUGGUGGGACCCCUGAUCGGUGGCGCGUUCACAAGCAAUGUCAGCUGGCGAUGGUGUUUCUACAUCAACCUGCCGAUCGGCGGCGCCGCGAUGCUCGUCAUUUGGCUCGCUCUGAAACCCGCCCCUCCGCUGCUCCCCGGGCUGACGAUCCGCCAGAAGAUAGCCAAGCUCGACCUCUUGGGGGAGUUCUUCCUCUUCUCCGCCCUGAUCUGCUUACUCCUCGCCUUGCAGUGGGGCAACAGCAGCUAUCGCUGGGGUAACUGGCGGAUUAUCCUCCUUUUCAUUCUCUUCGGCAUCUGCCUGGUCACCUGGGUAGUGGCCGAGGCCCUCACGCAAAAGACGGCCACCAUUCAGCUCCGGGUGAUCAAGAACCGCAGCGUCGUGGCCGCGAUGUGGUUCAUGUUCUGCCUGGCGUCCACCAUGCUGAUGCUGAUCUACUACCUCCCCGUCUGGCUGCAAGCCAUCAAGAACAAGAGCGCAGUCGAGUCCGGUAUCGACACCCUUCCGCUGGUCCUUUCCCUGGUCGCCGGCAGUACUCUGUCGGGCCAGCUGGUGGGGCGCCUGGGCUACUACACCCCAUUCACCAUGGCCUCGUCGUGCCUCAUGCCCAUCGGGGCCGGGCUGAUCUCCACAUUCAAGGUCGACUCCAGCUCCAGGAUUUGGAUCGGCUACCAGAUUAUCCUCGGCUUCGGAAUCGGUCUGGGGAUGCAGCACGCCCCGAUAGCCGUGCAGACGGUGCUGCAGCCGCGGGACGUUCCCAUGGGCGUCUCACUGGUCUUUUUCUGCCAGCAGCUCGGCGGGGCCAUCUUUGUCUCGGUCGGCCAGAAUGUCUUCGACCAGAAGCUGAUUGCCGGGUUGACGAGUGUGGUCGACGACUUGGAUCCGCAAACCAUUGUCAAUACCGGUGCGACCAACCUGCGCCAUAUCGUCCCCGCGGCGGAUCUGCAUGAGGUGCUGGUGCAGUACAACGAUGCACUGCGGUGGGUUCUCAUUGUCGGGACGAUCAUGUCCUCGCUCUCAGCACUGGGCUCGUUUGCGCUGGAAUGGAAAAGUGUCAAGGGAAAGCAUGGAGGGGAAGACGAGGAGGAGGAGGCCUAG